UGAGUGUGGGAGGGGGAGUAGGCCUCUCGCCAUGGCUCACUCCUCUGACUACCACAACCAUAGGGAAAUGACCAACGGGCGAGGACAUCCUCUCCCCCACCCUCACAAUGGUGGAGGCUACCCUCACCCCCACAAUCACAAUGGGGGAGACCACCCUCACUCUCACCCCCACAAUGGGAGAGGCCACCCUCACUCCCACAAUGGGGGCCAUGGGGGCCAGGCUGGGGGGUCCCACUCGACAAACCGCUACAUGCAGAAGAAGCAUCACCGCCACAGGGGAGGCAGGUCCUCACCCAUGGGCAGAGUCAUCCUCAUCAACUCUCCUGUCGAUGGUGGGGAUGACUGUGAAGACCUCCACACAGUGACAGUAGAUAAGAGUGCAGACGGCCGACUGGGAUUCAGUGUUAGAGGUGGUUCAGAACACGGACUCAGCAUCUUCGUCAGUAAGAUAGAGGAUGACAGCUCUGCAGAGCAGGCAGGUCUCUGUGUAGGGGACAAGCUGGUGGAGGUGAAUGGUAUCAGCCUGGAAAGCAUCACUAUGAGCAGUGCUGUGAAGGUCCUGACGGGGAACAACAGGCUGAGGAUGGUGGUGAGACGUGUGGGGAAAGUCCCUGGUAUACGCUACUCCAAGGAGAAGACUACAUGGGUGGAUCUGAUCCAGAGGCGUAUGGUAGUAGAGGAGAGUGGCCGUACUCCUUCAGAUGCCAGUUCAGACAGUGUUCUCCGUAGGAUGGUUCACCUCUACACAACCUCAGACGACUACUGCCUGGGAUUCAACAUCAGAGGGGGCAAGGAGUUCGGACUGGGCAUCUACGUCUCUAAGUUGGACCCUGGGGGUCUGGCAGAGCAGCAUGGCAUCAAGAUGGGCGACCAGAUCCUGGCGGCCAAUGGGGUGAGCUUUGAUGGCAUCACCCAUAGCAAUGCCGUGGAAGUUCUGAAGAGCCACACCCACAUCAUGCUGACCAUCAGGGAGGCAGGAAGAUACCCUGCAUACAAAGAGAUGGUGGCUGAAUACAGCUGGCUCAGCAAAAUGGCCAAUGGAGGGCCUACGUCCUCCUCCCAGGGAUCUGACUCUUACUCCUCGGCCUCCUCCCUGUCUUCCACCCCCCUCAGCUCCCUUAGUGGUCUCUCCCAGGUCCUCUUCCCCCCCGCCUUUGGCUCCGACAUGGUGGACGUCUGCAUCUCCACUGAGGACCGCUCUCGCCGCACCAGCAGCUCCGAACGCACCGCAGAGACCGCCAUGCAGACUGACCUACACCCCCCCUUGGACUCUAACGCACCCCACUUGCCUCAUGGAAGGCUGGUUGCCAUGGAAACAAGCCGGACGCUAGGCGCCACUGUGAUUUUGAAGGACACACCAAUUCGGGGGAAAGGAGAGGGUCCUGUGGAAAGGGGAGGGGCUGGAGAUAGGGGAAGGGGCAAAGGGGGUUUGUUGUCACCAGGGGAACAGGACGUGGCGCAGGACUCCCCGAAAACGGCGGUGCUUAUGGCCUUGAGCAGACCGAGAAAGCCCAUCAGACGAUCCCAGAGCCAUAUCACAGUUACAGAGGACAAGCAGAAGAAGAAGAAGCAGGGAAAGGAGAAGAGUGCAGGAGAGAGAGAGGGCAGCAAGACCCUGCAGCGCUCCAAGACCUUCGUCAGCCUCCUUUUCAAGAGAGAUGCACGGAGAGAGAUGUCCAGGAACAGAAGAGAGAGAGACACAUCACGGGACAGUAGAGAGACAGGGACAGGGGACUCCCACAGGGGUCGAUUUAAAUCACCCUCCCACCAUGCUGACAAAGAUAAAGAGAGGGGUCGUCCGUUCCAGCUGCUGACCGCUCCAAGGGAGACCCGUGCUGGGGUGAAGGACAGCAGCCCCCUGCUUCACCCUGAGACCCUGGGACAAGUGGAGAACAUGGCCAGGAAACUGCUCAGUCAGGAUGAAGUCACUGCAGUCAUGAGACACUGUAAGCGGUUUAUGUUGGCGUGUGUGGUGGAGGAUCUAGUACACCCUCUACUGGCCAUACUGGACCGACCUGAGAAACUACUACUGAUACGAGAGAUCAGGAUGCUGAUCCCUCCUACAGAGAUGGGCCGUUUUGACAGUAUUGUCAUGCCCUUUGAACUGGAGGCCUACGACAUACUGAAGAGCCGCUCAUUGAGGUCUCCUGUCCUGCGCUCUCCUCGCAGUGGAACCCCUCGACGACACCUCAUCACCCCCAUACCAGACUACCAUGGUGGUUUCCAGCUUCAGCCAGCCAAGGACUUGGGGAGAGACCGUCAGCUGAUGGAAGACCUAGAGAGACUACGUGUGUCUGGCCUCCAGGAUGGUCUCCUGCCCCCUUCCCGUGCUUUCACCCCCCUCUUGGAUGUCCCCGUGGACAGCUACACCCACCACACCCCACGCUCACGCUCUCCGAGUCCCUCACCCCCCAACUGGCUCCUCACAGAAUCCUCACACACUACCAGACGCCAACCCCAAACCAACCACUCUCCCCAUAGGCGAGACAAUGGUUUGUCCUGGCCCCGGCACUAUGAUGAGACCUCAUUGCUGUCGGAAGAUACCACUCCUGAGCGGGGGCGGUUGCCGGUGAGGAACGAACAUAAUGGAAGGGUCAGGAGGGACCAAUGGGAGGGCGGCUCUGAGAGGAAGGGAGGGAUGGCCGAGGGGUAUAUGGAGGUGAGAGUACACUUACCCCCCAGGAACAUUCAACCCACCCUGGCUCAGGUGCUUGAGCCCCCCCCAAAGGACCGAAGCCCCUCGACAGGGAGGGAGAGGGGGGGACAAGGGCAGAGAGGGAAGGUGAAGCAAGUGAACAGACUUUCGCCGGGACGGUCGCAGAAUGGUCACCAUGGAAACGCAACACCUGUAGCCAUUCAGGAGUAUGAGAUCACCACGGUGACCAUCUCCAAAACUAAACAGUCUCUGGGUAUCAGUAUCUCAGGUGGGAUGGAGUCCAAGGUGCAGCCUGUGAUCAAGAUAGAGAAGAUCUUUCCAGGAGGAGCUGCCUCUACCAGUGAUGUUCUGAAGGCUGGGUAUGAGCUGGUGUCGGUGGACGGUGAGUCUCUGCAGCGUGUGACCCAUCUUCAUGCAGUGGACGUAAUUCGCCGGGCAUUCAGCAACAAGGCCAAAGACUCCAUGGUGUUCAUCGUCAAGGUCCCCAAGAGCCCUGCUGACUAGCCCACUGUCAGGCUUACACAAAUACUACAACCUCAGUACUACAGGCCUGUCAAAAAGGAUGCUCCGAGGUGCAGUUCACCAACCCACUUUGUCUGGAAAUGGAAAUGAAUGAAAUGCUGGUGUUCAAACCAGAACGUUGUCAGAUCUGACAUCAAGUAAGUGGAUUUACAGAAGAUGAGAAUUCGUCUGAUGCAGAUGGUUCGGAAUGGAAGGGAAUGGUCUACUCACAGAGGAGAGGAAGGUACCUCUUACACUGACCAAUACGCCUGCUUCUCCUCUAGGGGAAAGGGACAAUGAUUCCAUAGAAAACAGGAAAUACUGCUAAAACAAAAAUUGGUAACGUGACAUGUUAUGUUGUAACUGCAGUCGACAUGUGGGUCUACUGUGCCUACUUUGAGUAUAAUAAUGUGAUAAAUAAUAUUUAUCAAAGAUAGACUGGAUUAUAUGUAUCCCUUUUGUUAUAUUAACUUAUAUUGUUAGCUGGAGUUGUUAGGAGUCAGCAGCUAUAGCAAUCAUAUUAAUAUAAUGUACUGUAGGUAACUUCAAGGGAAGGAAACUUUAUUUUGUGGAAGCAGAGAAAAAAAACAUGCAGGCACGCAGACUCACUCACUCACUCACUCACCAACCCACACUCUCACCACUCGCACGCAUAACCCCCCCUAUACACACAGUUCCAGGGACCAUUUCAGUCCACCGGGGUCCUGUCAGAGAGAGAGAGAGAGAGAUUACUGUGUCCAACGUCAUGAGAUUUAUAGUCCAGAUUAAGCCUCUGUAUUAUAGUUGUGGUUUAGUGGAUGUCUAGGGGAUCAGUACAAAUUGCAGCUCUGUUUAAAACUGUAUUUCUGGCAAACAGAGUUCAUGUUUCUGGAGCAGGAUGCCACUUUAGAUGCUUGAUUACAUAGGCUUGUGGACUGAGCCUGAACAGACAUGUGGAGGAGAUGGAGGAAAACCUAAAUGAUGUACAGGAUGUGAGGACCAGUGGCUUAAACUAAGGCUGGAGGGAGAGCAGUUGGGAGAGAGGCAGAGGGGCUAGGGCUGGGGUGAAGAGAGAAAGGGUGGGAGAGAGGGACUCUCUGGGCCAGGGAAAGAAGGGCUGGCACGACAGGAGGAUGGUGGCACCUUCAUUGGGGAGGACGGGUUGGUGGUAAUGACUGGAGCGGAAUAGGUGAAAUGGUAUGAAAUACAUGGUUUCCAUGCGUUUCAUGCCAUUCCAUUGGCUCUGUUCCAGACAAUAUGAGUCGUCCUCCCCUCACCAGCCUGGCACAGGAACAGAGGGGCAGGGAAAGAGGGGGUAAGACUGGGAAAGAUAGGCUAGGGCUGGGAGAGAGUGGGAGAGAGGGGCUGCAUGGGUCUGGGAAGGGUUGAUGAAGGGUGGAUGUUAGGUCAAGGGUUAAUAUUAGGUUAGGUUUAGGUCCCUAACUCCCUGGAAUCACCAGAGUGUACAGUGCACCACGCAUAGUUCCUUACCUUUAUGAGCGGCAGAGGGCUUGAGAGGUGCUUACAUAUUACUUACUGUAGGGCUAGAACGUCUGGCUGGUGACAAAUGCUGCGGUAAAGCUCAAUGGCAGUAUGGUCGGAUAAGCUUCUGUUAUUUAUAUAUAUGUUUAUGUGUAUAUAUAUGUGUGUAUAUAUAUAUAUAUGUAUAUCUGUGUGUGUGUGUGUGUGUGUGUAAUUAAGCAUAAUAUACAUGUAAUAAACAUAUAAUAAGGUACAUUCAAAAUGUUUUCAGAGCUAUUGUAUUAAUUUAUCACAAUAAAUGUUUGUUUUAUUGACACCGUC